AUGCGUUCAAGAAGCAACAGCCUGGAAAGCUCACCCAAGAAUAAAAGGUUGCAUCAAAGAGCAUGGUCACGUCAUCAAAAUUCUGAGAAGGAUGACAUAUACUCAGGAGCAAUUAAGAUAAACAAUCAAAGGGAAAGGGACUACAUGGAAGAGACAGGCACUGUUUUGAGAAACCAUAAAACCAGGACAUCAUCCAAAAAGCAUGAAGAUCUUUCUCGAGAUGACCUGUUGUUUCUGCUCAGUGUACUUGAAGGUGAAUUAGAGGCUCGAGAUGAAGUCAUAACUGUACUAAAAGCAGAAAAAAUUGACUUAGCACUUCUGGAAGCUCAGUAUGGGUUUGUUAUGCCAACAAAGGUACUACAAGCUCUCCAAAGAGACACCAUUCAAGCAAAAACCGAAUCACUGCAGGAGGACAUCUAUGAAAAACCAAUGGUUGAGCUUGACAGACUAGUUGAAAAACAAAAAGAGACUCACAGGCGGAUGUUAGAGCAACUUCUCCUGGUAGAAAGAUCUCACAAACAGACAGUAGAUGAUUUGGAAGAUGAGAAAAAAAAGCACGUAGAGUACAUGGAAAAGAGUGAUGAAUUCACCAAUCUCCUAGAACAAGAACGUGAACGAUCAUAUGAUCCAGUUGGAUCCAAACUGCAUAGGAUUGUGGGGUCAAAGCAGCAGAAAAACAAGACAGUUUACUUCAAUAGUUACUAUUAUCAGAACAGCCAGAAACUACUUCACUGCUGA